UGAUCUCAGCUCCCACUGAAUCAUUCAUAGGGGAGUUCCUCUGGUCGCACGCAGACCGACCUGGGCCGAGAGACGCGGAGAGGGCGGGAAGGAGAGAGAGAGAGAGGGAGAGAGAGAGAGAGAGAGAGAGAGAGAGAGAGAGAGAGAGAGAGGGAGGGAGGAGCAGCAGAAGAGGAGCUGUCUUCCAGAGGGUGCUGUGACCCGGUUCCAGGCAGUGCUCCUCCAUGAAGCCUGAGCCCAGCAGCGGAGGCAGGAGACGCCUCAGAUAAGAGCCAGAGAGGCUGCUGAACCCCCUCCCCCACAGCUGGGCUGAACCCCCCCCCCCCAACACGGAAGACCUUGACGGGAACGACGGGAAUACCAGGAAGACAAAACCCCUCAAAGGGAAAUCGAGACAAUAAUAAGGCUACAAGUGAGCUGGACUUUUGCGUUGGGCUUACUUUUGUGCGCUGCUUUGUCGUGCGUGUGUGUGUGUGUGUGUGUGUUUUUGUGGGGGGGGGAAUUCUGCCGUGUCUUGGCCCCACAUCUCGGCUGGCCGCAGCAGCAUUCCAGCCCGGGGUAAAGCUCUUGGUGGCUGGAUCAAAGCUCCCCCCAGACCACCACCUCCACCACCACCACUCUGCCUGCCUGCCUGCCAAGAAGCCUCAACGGGGGAGGCGGAGGAAAGACAACAUCCUAGCAUGAGGGGCCGACGCUUCAAGUUCAGCACCUGAACGCGGACCCCCCCCCCCCCCCCCCACCUCGGCCGGCCGGAUCCUCUCGCCUGCCUCAUGUUUCUGCUUUAGACCCAAAGUACUGUAAGCUCUGCUUCCCCAUCCCCCCCCCCCAACCCCCCCCACAAAGAGAACGAUGUCGUCCAACGAGCUGAGCGUGUCCGACACGGACCCGUGCAUCCGCACCUUCAAGGACCACAUGCACCUGGAGCUGGAGCCGCCCAAGCUGGCGGGCGGGGUGGCGGGCAAGCGCGGCGCCACCUCCCCCAAGCUGUCCCCGCGGAGCUCGCCGCGGCUUUUCCGCAAGCUGAUGGUCAACAAGAGCAUCCGCCAGCGCCGCCGCUUCACCGUGGCCCACACCUGCUUCGACGUGGAGAAUGGCCCCUCUGUGGGCUGCAGCCCGCUGGACGCCCAGGUGUCCCCGGGCUCGGGGCUGGUCCUCCACACCAACUUCCCCGGACACAGCCAGCGGAGGGAGUCCUUCCUCUACCGCUCCGACAGUGACUAUGACCUGUCGCCCAAGUCCAUGUCCCGCAACUCCUCCAUCGCCUCGGAGAUACACGGGGACGACCUGAUCGUCACGCCUUUUGCUCAGGUUCUGGCCAGCCUCCGAAGUGUACGGAACAACUUCACAGUGCUCACCAACGUACAAUGUGCCUCAAACAAGAGAUCUCCUGCCGCCACCACCCAGCCACCCAUCACCAGAGUGUGUUUGCCAGACGAGGCCUACCAGAAGAUGGCGGUGGAGACGAUGGAGGAGCUGGACUGGUGUCUGGACCAGCUGGAGACGAUCCAGACGUACCGCUCCGUCAGCGACAUGGCCUCCAACAAGUUCAAGAGAAUGUUGAAUCGGGAGUUGACGCACCUUUCCGAGAUGAGUCGGUCGGGAAAUCAGGUCUCCGAAUUCAUCUCCAACACCUUCCUAGACAAGCAGAACGACGUGGAGAUCCCGUCGCCCACGUCCAAGACGCGGGAGAAGAAGAAGCAGCAGCAGCAGAAGCAGCAGCAGCUGAUGACCCAGAUCAGCGGCGUGAAGAAGGUGUCCCACGGGCCGUCCGUCUCCGCCACCUCCAUCUCCCGCUUUGGCGUGAACACGGACAAGGAGGAGCUGCUGGCAACGGAGCUGGAGGACCUCAACAAGUGGGGGCUCAACAUCUUCACCGUCUCCGAGUACUCCACCCACCGGCCCCUCACCUGCAUCAUGCACGCCAUCUUCCAGGAAAGAGACAUGUUGAAAACGUUCAAAAUCCCAGUGGAUACGUUCGUCGCCUACAUGAUGACGCUGGAGGACCACUACCAUUCAGACGUGGCGUACCACAACAGCCUGCACGCCGCCGACGUAGCGCAGUCCACGCACAUUCUGCUCUCCACCCCUGCCCUGGAUGCGGUCUUCACAGAUCUUGAGAUCCUAGCAGCCAUUUUCGCUGCCGCCAUCCAUGACGUUGACCACCCUGGAGUAUCAAACCAGUUCCUCAUCAACACCAACUCGGAGCUGGCCCUCAUGUACAACGACGAGUCGGUGCUGGAGAACCACCACCUGGCAGUGGGCUUCAAGCUGCUGCAGGAGGACAACUGCGACAUCUUCCAGAACCUCAGCAAGAAACAGCGCCAGUCGUUACGCAAGAUGGUCAUUGACCUGGUGCUGGCCACUGAUAUGUCCAAGCACAUGAGCCUGCUGGCCGAUCUGAAGACCAUGGUGGAGACCAAGAAGGUGACCAGCUCUGGAGUGCUGUUGCUGGACAAUUACACGGACAGAAUACAGGUGCUUCGUAACAUGGUGCACUGCGCGGACCUGAGCAACCCCACCAAGUCCCUGGAGCUGUACCGCCAGUGGACGGACCGCAUUAUGGAGGAGUUCUUCCACCAGGGGGACCGGGAGAGGGAGCGCGGCAUGGAGAUCAGCCCCAUGUGCGACAAGCACACCGCCUCUGUUGAGAAGAGCCAGGUUGGCUUCAUCGACUACAUCGUCCACCCGCUGUGGGAGACCUGGGCCGACCUGGUGCACCCCGACGCCCAGGACAUCUUGGACACGCUGGAGGACAACCGCAACUGGUACCAGAGCAUGAUCCCCCAGAGCCCCUCCCCGCCCUUCUACGACCAACUGACAGAAGGGCCCGGCGGGGGGGGCGGGGGCGGUGGCGGCGGCGGCGGCGGUGGCGGCGGUGGUGGCGGCGGGGGGGAGAAGUUCCAGUUUGAGCUCACCUUGGAGGAGGAGGAGGAUGGCGACGGUGCGGACCGGAACGGGGAAGGGGGCGAGGAGGAAGAGGAGUUGGAGGAGGAAGAAGAGGAGGAGGAUAUUUUAGGGGGGUCCACACGGCCUCCUCCCAUGGACUGCCCCAACGGGCCAGAGAACGAGGAGGAGGUCACCGCGGCGAUAGAGAUCGUCACGCAGGAGCCGUCGCCGACAGACACAUAGUGGGGGCGGGGUGUAACGGUUUCAGCUCAUGUUGGAGGUUGAAAAGGUUUUGAAUUAAUAGUUUUUGAAGGAAAAUAAAAAGGGGACAUCCUCUUGCAGCUGUGCUUUGUACCGAGCCCACUGAAUGAAGCAGAGGCUCAGUUUUUGGUCCCGCAUCGAGUAGGGCGUCUUGCACUUGGGCGUACGGAGCCAGAGACGAGGGAGAGAGAGAGGGAUGGAGAGACAGAGAUAUAUAGAGAGCGAGCGAGGGGCGGUUUAAUGGGAAGCGGCUACAGAGUUCUCAGGAAAAUAAAUGCUGCGAACAAUUUCCGAACAUUCGGACAGUUAAAUGCAAAGGAGGAAGGAACUGACGUUACUUGUGGCCAGUUUUUGCAGACGGUUGCUUUAAAUGUUCAGGACUUGCAUUAAAUGGACACUGACACUACUGAGAGAUUUUGUACCUUAAGACUUUUUCUUUUUUUUACAGACACAAUGUGUUUUAGAAGUAGCAUAGAGUUACGAUCUACUGAGGGGGCACAUUUGGAUAGAGAAAGUGUUUACUUUUUUCCUGUACCAUUUGUCAGAGGACUUUUGUGUGCCUUUUUUACUAUUGUCUUUAUAAUAGUUUUUUUUAUUUAUUGAACACUCUAGUAUGUCUGUGAAAUAUAUCUGAAAGAGCAAAUUCUUUUUUGUGUCUCAGAAAAGGAGUGCAGUCUUCCAUGUAUUGGGCAAUAGAUAAAUCCAAAACAAACUUUGACAAACGAUUCUUGGACAAACUCAUCCAAAUAGGAAAAUCUAAAACCAUAACAAUCACCAAUUUCCAUCCAAUCAUUCACCAUGACCUAUCAACACACGCAUACACACACAAACAGACACACACACACACAUCCACAUAUAUACACCUACACACGUAUAUGUGUGUGUAUGUAUACAUGUGUGUGUUAGAUUCAUAAUGAAUGUUAAUAGGUCAUAUUCAAUAUUCACAUCCAUGAUGAUUUCUAAAUGAAAACUGUCAAAUUAAAAGAAUGUUUGUCACUCGAAAUGACACCACCUGUCAUUUUUGUUUUUGAUUUCUCAUCCUCUAUGAACUCCUAGUCAUUUGUUAUUCCCCAGCAAAAGUCUUUCAGACGUCCUUAUUCGCCAUUCAUUUUGGUCCGUUAACUUCAGAUCCACCCAGCUCUACGCAGCGCACCGGCAGAACUGGACCUCAGCACUCUGCCGGUGCAGUGAGCAGAAAUAGCAGUUGAUCAUAUAAUGGCCUUUGUGAGUCUAUUGUGAGUCUAUUCUUAGCCCUCCCAAAGGCACGCCGUGGUCUUAAUAAUCCUGUUAGUGUGCAUUGGGCUCCGGCCCCAUGCCGUUGUGGUGUAGGGAGCAAUCAGGGUCCGAGCACAUGAUGAAGGUGUUCCUACAGCUGCUCGGCGCUCGCCUGAGGGCUAGUCUCACGCCUUCAUCUGUGCCAUUAUUCACCGCUGUUUAUAAACCCUCUCAGACUCGGGGGACGUGACCCCAAAACAAUCAGGCCAGCUAUUUAUUUCUCAAAAAAAUAAAUUCCCAGCCCCUAAUGUGCUGCUUCUGCUCAUUGACGUCAAUGGACUAUUGUUUUUUUUCUUUCUCGUGCAAUUCUAGGACGUGGGGGUUGAAGGGUUUUUUUGGGCACAGAGGGAAUUGCUAGAUCGGGUCAUCAGAUUUUGAGUGGAGAAGGAAAGGAAAUAUUACAGGCUAGAUUUUAAAACCAAAAUGAAAGUCCUUACAUUUACCCCUAGAUUUGAUUCGUUCUGGCCCAGUGGUUGCUAUGACUACUGCCUCUGCCAUUGGCCUCAAUGACUGGUUUUCAUGGACGGGUCUUUUUGCAUCUGAACUCCACCAUCACUUCAUUCACCUUUUGUCCAACCACAUCCCAGCAUGCAACAUGUGUGAACAAUUGUGAGUGGCAUCUCUUUCUUUGUACCUGUAAUUGUGUAUGCACGGAUGUUGGAGGUGUGUGUGUGUGUGUGUGUGUGUGUGUGUGUGUGUGUGUGUGUGUGUGUGUGUGUGUGUGUGUGUGUGUGUGUGUGUGUGUGUGUGUGUGUGUGUGUGUGUGUGUGUGUGUGUGUGUGUGAAAGAGAGAGAGCACUCUAUUCGUCUAUGUCAUCAGGCCUUACCCUAUCAUGCAACUCGUUUGUCUCUACUGUUUGUCGCUAGGAGCUCAAGUUGGUCUUUCUUGCUGUUUAUAACAGUGUGUAUUUAUUCUACACUUAAAAGCUUGUACAUAAGAAAUACUGGUUCAGUGUAAAAUCUAUUUUAAUUUAUAUGCACUUGCAUUACCUGGAAGUGGUGGUGUCUAAUGUGUAGAAGACUCUGGAUCGGAGUCCUUUUAUAUUCUGUACUACAUAUUGUUUUUGAUAUAUAAAUAUUUAUAUAUAAGUAUAUAUAUAUUCGCACAAUGUUUUUAGUGCCCAGCAGUGCAGCAGCUAAAGAGACACUGUUGCUGUCACAUGAUAACCUUGUAACCAUUUACAUUUUUUUUUUAAACUUAAGUUUCAAGUUAAUAUGAUUCUUCAAUGCGGACAAUGUAAAUGCAGAUUCUGUCAAUUUUCCAAAACAAAGAAAAUUUCAAUUUCAAUCGAAUUAGAUGCAUCAUUACCCCUUCAGUUGUUUUUGUUAACAAAAUAAUAACGCUGUUCCUUUCUUUGCUUAGUACUAGGUUUUCAUUUGACAGCAAAACUUAGGUCACCCAAAUGCUCCAUAGAGGACAUGUUAUACUGCUUGGGCUUGGAAAUAGGAUCCUGAAAAAGCUAGGCAAGAGGAAAGAAUCUCAGUCCAUGCUUGGUAUCAAAAUACAUGAAUAGUUUUUUCUCUUUGCGGCUUGUCACAACCUAAGCUUGUCCAUCCAGCAUUUUGAAUGCAGAUUGCUGAUAUAGGAGGCUCAGAUAUGGUUCGACUGUCAAACACAAAACAAUUGUCUUCUUUUACACAUUACGCACUUGAUGUAAAAGUAGAUACCACAAGGGGAGGUUGGUAGCAUGCUACAAUUCACCCCUGUGCACCAACGUGAACCGGUUCGAAUUAUCGAGACGUGAUUAUGUAAUUGAUUUUUGCUAAUGUGUGAACUCUUUCUGACCAAACUUGUUAGCAGUUUUGAAAUUCAAAUUCUGUCAGUAUUACCAUUGUUAAUAUAUGUUCAAGCUUUCUUUGGUCCAAGUCGUGUCCAAAAUGGUUAACCAGAUUUAGCACUAUCUGCAUGUGAGAUGGGAUUAUUAUUUUUUUUUAUCAAUAUUAUGUUGAAGUCUGUCGUUUGUUGCCGGCAGAUAAUUAAAUGUUUCACACAAUGUAUGGUAUUAUAUUGUAUAUUGUGUUUAAAAUGAAAUCUAAAAUACUUUUUCUAUGAAGUGAUUAAAAACAAAGCAUGGAUAUAAUAACCUUUGUUGCCUAUGUUUCUCUACGUCAAAAUGUUUUUCUCAUUCCAAAUCACGAAGUUAAAAAAUAACAUUCUCAUUAUUCAGUGAAGUAUUUCUUAAUGGGACUUUCAUCUUAUUAUUUAUAGAAAGAAAGCGUGGGAAUGAGUGGGAAGUGUGGAUCACACAAAAGCUACCUUCCUAAUUGCCCAACAAUUCUAAACAAUGUUAAAAUACUUCAUAAAAAAUUGAAAAUCUUUGCCCCAGUAAGGCUGCUUCAUAUUGACGAGAAAAGACAAUUCCUCUGUCAUUUGCAGUAUACUGAUCACUAUAGAUGCAGUCUUUAUAGCCAGGUGUGACAUCAGGACACAUGGCAAACCUUCAGGAUAUAUGGCCAUGCUGAUGAGUCUGAAGAUGUGUGAAUCCACAUGCAUGCCUUUCACUUCCUAUCCCUUUGAUGUUGUUGUCAUGGCUGCAUCUUUUCCCGAUAUUGUUGCAAUGAUAAGGACAGGUCACC